GUCAAUGACGUCACGAAGAAGAAAAUGACGCUGCUUUUAUCUGUUAUCCUGUCCGUGUGCUUCGAGUCCGUAUGAAGUGAACAGUCAAUAUUUAUGUUUUAAUCUGUUUGAUUUAACUAUUGACUUCUCAUAUUUUCUACUGCAAAAGGGAAGCAACACAAAGAUGGGGGAGGUGGAGUUGUCCUGUCUGGCUUAUGCCAAAAUGUUCCUACAUGCCAGUCAGUUUCCACGCUGCAGUGUGAAUGGCCUGCUGUUGUCCUCCAGUCCAGCAGGGGGAGCUUUGUGUAUCACAGACUGUGUGCCGCUGCUCCACUCGCACUUGUCUUUGGCUCCAAUUACACAGCUCGCUCUUACACAGGUCGAUGUUUGGUGUGCACAAACACAGCAAAGGAUUGUGGGAUAUUAUCAGGCCAACGCUUGUGUGUCAGACAGCAGCCCUACACCCUGUGCAUUGAAGAUCGCAGAGAAGAUCUUCGAGCAGUGUAACAAUGCCGUGUUACUCAUGAUCGAUGGAGAAAAGAUGUUUCCAGGCUGCCGUGUUCCUCCGAUUGUAAUGUAUGAGCGCAAAGACGCUCGCUGGGCACUCAAAGACAAACACACAAUAAUGCUUCGGCAGUGGGAAGAAACCUGUUCCAUAGUUAAUCAGCUGAUCAGCUCUGGUGAUCAGGCACUAUUGGUGGAUUUUGACAGCCAUUUGGAUGACAUCACAAAAGAUUGGACCAAUCCGAAACUCAAUGCCAAGAUCAUGGAGCUGGUCUCCCCAGCCAAUGGAAAUGUUUAACUAUACAGACUAAAUCAGCUCAUGUCAUAGUGUUUUCACUUAAAUUCUGUUUUUAAUACUAUUUGACUGUGUAUCGCGCUUCAUUUUGUCAUUAUGAUCUAAAUGAAAUAUGCAGAAACAUAUUUUUCUUGUUCAUUAUGAUUUGGUGUGUUGAUCCUAGAUAUAAUACAACCAGCAUAUUUCCUUACUUUCAUCAUUCUACAUGUCAUAUUUAAGCAAAUUAAUAAUAAGCUAUUAAUUGUUGAUUUAAAGAUAUAUCUAAGAAUUAAGUAAUUCUGUAAUAAAACUAAAAUGUUCUUCAUCAGGUUCUUUCACUACAUGGGGUUCUCGGUUUUUCAGAUUUAAUACAAAUUUUUACACAUCCAUACUAAACUGAUUUUUAAAAAAUGUAGAAUAGUCUUAUAAUUCAGCUUUAACUAAAUCAUGGUGAUUGUAUUAUGGCUGAUGCAUGUGCAUUGUGCAUUAAUCAAGUCUCUUUACACUCAUGGUCAAAAUUGAUGGCACCCCUGGUAAAUAUGAUCAAAACUGGCUGAAAAAAAUAAAUCUGCAUUGUUUA